UGGCUUUCUGAGGGUUCGCACUAAUUCCGCGCCUGCGUCAGCCACUAAAGAAGAAGCGCGGCUCACAACACGCGAAGCAGCGCGCGAGUUGCCGCAGGUGACGCGCGACGACUUUGAGCCCGAUUACGCCACUGGCGCUUAGACUUAGAAACAAAGUAGGAGCAAGGCGCCACGGAAUCAGGUAGAUCAACCUUCAUCGUCCCGAGCGGGCAAUGAACUCUGCUGCUCUGCUGCCGCGCUGCGACCCCUAACAGCCGAGUAGCGGCGAGCAGCGAGCGCGCCUCCCUGCGAGGCGUCCUGCGGCCCGCUGACAGCGUGCCGCACGCGGACUCCCUCUGCCUCGCUGCGCGCGUCGCUGCGUCGCGGCCUACGAGCAGCGCAGCUCGUGUGGAGGCGAGCCACCCAUCGCAGCACAGGAGGUCAGGCGCAGGCGCAGGAGAUCAGGGGGGUGCAGGAGGUGAGCGACAGGCGCUGUGCGCUGGGCGUGGCGUGGCAUGGCCAACUUCCGCACGGUGGGGCAGCGCGUGCUGUGCCCGGCCACGAACUGCAUCGACAUCAGCAACGCGCUGGAGGAGGCGGUGGUUAAGAUGCCGCGCCUUGGGUUCGGCACGUACAUGCCAUCUCGUUCUCCCAGAAGAUCACCCGCAGUAGCGCAGCUCGCGCUCCUCAUUCUCCUCUCGUCGCACCUUCCCCUCCACGCCGCUCAACAAGGCCUCGUGUUGGUGCCGCCACCCCCUGACGACAGCACGCCGAUUGCCGCCCCACCUGCGGCGAGGCAACUUGCCGCGUCAUCUUCGAUCCCCCACAGCAACUUGCCGCGCGGUUCCGCUGACGUGGAAGAGGCCUACUCUGACGUGUCCUCGCUGUCAAUCGGCCUAGCGAACAGUACGAUCCCGUCGCUGGAGCAUGCUGACGUGGAAGUAGUGGUCCCCAGGCGCGCGGGCGACGACGGGGAGGAUGCAUCAAGGAGCGGGCGGGAGGCGAGAGACGGGGAAGAGGGAAGGGGCGGAGGGAGGGGAGAAGAGGCGGGAUUCAAGAGCAUGGACGCGAUGCUGCAGUGGGCCAUAGAGCGGUCGGACCCAGUGGCGUUGCAGCAGCGCGCCAAGGAGGUGUCGGAGCUGACGGCUGAGGAGCUGGAGGCAAAGAGGAAGCACAUCCGGGACGUGCUGGACGCCAUGCGCAUGCCAUCGGAUGCGGAGCUCAUGCGCACAGCCAUCGCUGACAUCCAGCCCGCUGCACUGACUGCUGCAGCAGCGGUGCAUGUGGCGGGGGCGGCAGCAGAGCAGGCAGCGUCAGAGGCGCAUGUGCAUGUGCUGCGGGCGCUGCAUGAGCUGUCGGAGCUGGUGGAGCCCGUCCACAACGCCAACGACCUGCACAAGCUGGGCGGCCUGGAGCCUCUUGGCGGGCUGCUGGGGCACGAGAGCGGUGAGGUGCGCGGCAUGGCGGCGCUGGUCCUAGGCAAGGCGGUGCAGAACAACCGCCAGGUGCAGCAGCAGGCGCUGGACUCGGGUGUUCUGGCUCACCUCUUCGCCCGCCUGCGUGCCCCCCACCCCGUCCCCCCGCUGGGCGAGGAGGAGCACUCUCGCCUGCUGUUUGCGCUCUCUGCUGCCAUCCGCGGCCACAUGGCGGCGCUCGAUUGGUUCUACAGCCACGGCGGCGUGGGGCUGCUGGCGCGCCUGCUCUCCCUGCCGUCCUCCCCCCCUCGCCUGCGCCGCAAGGCGCUCUUCCUGCUGGCGGGCCUGGCGGAGAGUGGCGGGCGAGGGCCAGGGGGUGAGGGGGCGGGGGCGGAUGUGGAGGGAGAGCAGGAGGGAGGAGAGGGAGUGAGGAUUGUGGGAGGGGCGACAGGUGAGGAGAGCAGCAAACAAGGGGUGCGUGCAAAUGGGGAGGGGGUGCAAGGAGGGGCGGAGGGGCAAGGAGGAGAGGAGAGGUUGGCAGAUGAGGGGCUGAUGAGGGCCGUGGUGGGGCUGUUGAAGGGGGGGGGAGGGGAGGGGGACGCAGCAGAUGGUGGGGGGGAGGGAGGGGCUGGGCAGGGCACGGUGUGGAGGCGGAAUAAGGACGGCAGCAGCACGUGGGACUUGGACAUGCUGGACAAGGCCACCGCAGCACUGCACGGCCUGCUGGCGGCAAGCCCCGCCACCCAGGCUGAGCUGCUGCGGUGCUGCCCCACGGCCAGCGCGGUGGGCAGAGUGAGGGAGGCGCUGCAGGCGCACAUAGGCGCGCUGCAGCAGCGGGGGGACGACGCGGAGUAUGAGGGCGAGGUGGAGCAGCGGUUGGGCGCGCUGCUGAGAGCAGUGCAAGAUGCUCAGGGUAGAGAAAUAGGAUGAUGUCGUGAAACGAGAAGUAUGAUAGAUGUCGUGAAAAGAGAAAUAGGAUGAUGUUGUCAAGAUACACGCUGGGGUUGCCCUUGGUCCUCGCAAAAGGAUCACAGGUGCAGUGCCUGAGGGGUUAUGGGCGCUCUUACCCGCUACUUGGGGCGAAUUCCGACGAAGUAGGAUAAGAAUCAGAAAUGCCAAAUCCAUUCUUUAUCCCUUCCGUUCUAUUACGCCAAUA